AUGGUGGGUUUUCAGAUGUCUUAUAGUCAUAUAAUUGCUCCUUUCACACCGUAAGUUUUUUUUAAAAUUUAAAAUUUCGAAAAAAAAUAAUAAAUUUCAGGUUGGAAUGGAAUCGGGCUCGAGAAUUAUACAAAUCUAGGGAAAAAUCGGAAUUGGAGGAACUUGUGCGAAUGAUUACGAUGUGGAUUUCAAGGUUUGUUCAUUUUCGUAGAAGAAUUGGAGAGGAAUCGAAAAAUAAAUUAGAAAACGCAUUUGGAAAAUUCUUGAAACAGUAGAAUUUUUUCUGGGUUUUUCUUAUAUUGGAAUGUGACGAAUUAAUCAAAGUAUGAAUUCGAAACAUUUUAAUAUGAAAUUUUUGAAACAGUAGAAAUUUGGAGGGGCUAUUUUUUGAAAAAAAAUAUUCACUCGAAACAGUAGAAAAUCCUAUUUUUCUAAAAAUGAGUUUUGAUUUCACUUAUCUACUAUUUACGAGAAUAGAAUUGGCAUUGAAUCAGAAAAAAACCCUGCACUAAUUGUGAAAACUUUGAAACGUAGAAUAUUUUAGGAAAAAUUGCAAGGUUUUGUUAUUAAAUUCAACACAAAACUCAAGAAGUAAUAUGUUUUUUUUUGAAACAGUAAAAAUUUUUUUUUUCAAUUUAAAGGUAUUUUUUUAUUAUAAACAUAAAAUUACAAAUCGGAAACAAAUCAAUUCAGAAAAGUUGCUUCAAAAUAAUAUUAAUUUUUUGAAACAGUGAAAAAUUUUAGACAAUUUUUUUCUAAAUACUUUUUCUUUGAGUUUUUCGCUGGUUUUACGAUUAAAUAAAUAACACUCAAACAAUUACUAAAUUUUUGAAACAGUAAAAAUUUGAGGAACAAAAUUUUUUAACAAUUUUUUAUUUAAAAAAAAAAGUAACCAUUAAAAUUGAAAAAAAAACUGAAAAAAAUUAUUACAAUUUUUUGAAACAGUAAAAAUUUUUUUUUUUAAUUUCGAGGUAUUUUUUUUAUUAUGAAGAUUGAUCGAAGACAAAUCAAUUCAGAGAAGUUGCUUCAAAAUAAUAUUAUAUUUUUGAAACAGUAGAAAAUCUUAGGAAUUUUUUUUCAAGACUUAAAAAUUUUUCCCUUGUUCGGACAUUAUCAACAUUAAUUCAGAAAAACCCCCUAAAAAGUGAUGAAUUUUUGAAACAGUGGACGCUUGUUCAUAUUAAAUCGGAGAAAAACUUCAAAAGUUACCAAACUUUUUUGAAACAGUAAAAAUCUUAAGAAAAUUUUUUUCUAAAUACGUUUUCUUUGAGUUUUUUGGUGAUCAUUCCUCAUAUUGCAUUUUAAAAACAGCCCUCAAAUAAUUAUUAAAUUUUUGAAACAGUAGAAAAUUUUAGGAAUUUUUGUUCAAAUUAUCCCAAUUAAAUCAGAAAAACCUCUAAAAAAAAAUUAAAAAAUAUAUUUGAAACAGUUAAAAAAAUCAUUUUUUUUGUUUUCCAGAAGCAUCGCAAAUGCGCCCGUCGCCAUCAAUUGCAGCAAAGUUCUUCUCAACGCAAUUCUCGCCGAUUUUCACUUCGAAACCCUCGCCGAUUCCGAAAAGGGCACAUAUAUCGAUAAUCUUCUAACAGCACAUGGACAUGGAAUAACUCGGUUAGUUUUGGGGAAAAUUUAUUGA